CCAACCAGGGUGAUGGAAGAGCCAACGUUUUACGUCAAUAAAAAGCAAUUUCAUCGCAUUGUCAAGAGGAGAGCCUAUCGAAAAAGAUUUGGAUUACCAGCGCAACGAGAGCGGUCCAAGUCCUACGUCCACGAGUCGAGACACAAGCAUGCCAUAAGCAGACCGAGAGGCCCUAAAGGACGCUUUCUAGAAGCCGAAGAGUUU